AAAGUCAUCAUCAAGCGUUUCAUCAGCAAAUAAAUAUAAAAUUUUGCAAAGAAUAAGUGAUGGAAUAGAAUAUUUGCAACGAAACAUCGAAAAUAAAUCAUUGUCAGUCUUUUCGCCGGAGAUUGAAAGUCGAUUAAAUGAUCAAGAUCGCGAAUAUCAAAUUUUGCAAAAGAUUAAUGAUGAAAUUAGACAUUUGCAACGAAUUAUUAUUUCCCAGAAAAGCAGCGAAUUCCAAGAACUAUUAAAUUACUGGAACAAUGAACACAAAACUUUACAAACAAUUGGUGAUAGAAUUAAAACUUUGCAGAGAACUAUUGAAGAUAAGUUAACGGAUUUUCCAGAAAACAGCAGAAUUCAAAAACAACUAUAUGAUAAAAUCGAAAGCCUGUCAAAUUACAAAAAUCGUGAUUACGAGAUUUUACAAAAAAUUGACGAAAUUAAAGGUAUUAAUCAGUUAAGAUAUUUAAAAAGCAUUGAAGGUAUUUUACAUGAAAAUUUUGACAUGUUAAAACGUAUUCUUACGCCUCAAAUGUCAAAAUUUGAAGAAUCAGAAAAAUGGAAAGAAAGAUACAAUCAAGCAAUUAGUUUAUUAGGCAGCGAAUUGAAAUUUACAUAA